AAUUAAGGAGAAAGAGAUAGCAAGAGAAGGAUGGAGAUAUGGGCAUUUUUUAUUGCUCUCCUGGUGGCUCUUCUGAUUCUGGACUUCCUGAAACAGCUCUGGUCAAAUAGACACUAUCCUCCAGGACCUCUCCAGCUUCCUCUCAUUGGUGGCAUGUGGAGGACUGGGCUAAAGUUUUGUGAAGAUACUUUCAGCAAGAUGGCAAAGCAAUAUGGAAGCAUUUACACCAUUUGGGCAGGACAUAUGCCCUUUGUAGUGCUGUCUGGAUUCCAAGUAGUGGAAGAAGCACUCAUUGACCACUCUGAAGAAUUUGAAGACCGACCACAGACUUCUUUCCUUAUGACUGUAGGAAAAGGAAAGGGUAUUAUAUUAUCAAAUGGUCACACCUGGAGGCAACAGAGACGCUUUGGUGUAGUUACUAUGCGGAAGCUGGGGCUGGGGAAGAAAGGCAUGGAGCACCAAAUAGAAGAGGAAGCCCAUCAGCUCGUGGAAGUCUUUGCACGUUCAAAGGGACAACCACUUGAUCCCUCCAUGCCCAUCACUAAUUCAGUCUCCAACGUGAUAUGUGCUGUGGCUUUUGGGCACCGGUUUGCUCUUGAAGAUGAAAGGUUCCAGAAACUGAUGGAAGCCAUGAAUUUUCUCCUAAAAUAUCUAUGUAGCUUUGUUCAUUUUCUGUAUGAAAUGUUCCCAUGGCUUAUGAAACAUCUCCCAGGGCCUCACAAGAAGGCCUUGUCCUGUGCAGAGAUGGUGCUUUCAUUUGCAAAGGAGGAGAUAGAGAAGCAUAAGGAGAAUCAGUCUCUGCAUGAGCCACAGGAUUUGAUAGAUUUCUAUCUACUUCAUAUGGAGAAAAGCAGAAAUGAUCCAGAGUCCACCUAUGAUGAAGAAAACAUGGCUUGGUGUAUUUUUGACCUCUUUGUAGCAGGGUCAGACACAAUCACCUGUUCUCUGAAAUGGGCGCUUCUCCUCCUGGCAAGUCAUCCAGAUAUCCAAGAUAAGAUCCACAAGGAGAUAGAAGAUGCUUUAGGUUCCUCUCACUCAAUCUGCUAUCAGGAUAAGAAGAAACUGCCCUACACCAAUGCUGUGAUUCAUGAAAUGCAGCGCUUUAAAUAUGCCGUAUUUUUCGGGAUCGCCAGGAAAUGUACAAAGGAUGUGAAGCUGUGUGGUUUUCUCAUUCCCAAGGGAACCUAUAUUAUUCCUGAUUUCCGCUCUGUUCUUCUUGAUCCCACAAGAUGGGAGACACCUACAGUGUUCAACCCAAACCAUUUCUUGGACAAGGAUGGACAAUAUGUGGCUAGAGAAGAGUUUCUGGCGUUUGGUGCAGGGUCUCGCAUGUGUUUGGGUAUGCUGCUGGCAAAUACUGAAAUUUUCAUCUUCCUGACAAGCCUGCUGAGGGCAUUUCACUUCCAGCUGCCAGAAGGAGUAAAAGAACUCAAUAAAGACGAGCCUGUACUGGGGGCUACAGCACAUCCCCAUCCUUAUAAAAUCUGUGCUAUUCCCCGCUGCAAGGCAUAAUAAAACAUGAAAGUACAUGGGACUGCACCCCUCUUCCUCUGCUUACCAACCCCUUUGUCACUCCUGACACAUAGAGUUUCCCCUUCCCAUCUCAUGCAGCUACUGUGGUCUCUCUUCACAUUCCCAGCUCCAUUUCUGAGGCUUCUUCUCUCUUCUUUUCUGCAGCUCUGCUUUGCGCCCAUUUUCACCGUCACCCCAUCUCCUCCUAUUCUUCAAGCUCUUUCAUGCCCCUGUUUUCAUCUUCCAUCCUAUCCAUGCCUCCUACUCCCUCAUUUCAUUUCAACUGCUUUGCAUCCCCAUUCUUACCCUCGCUACUUUCUCCCCUUCCCCCCUUUUCCUCAACACCUACAUAAUGCACAGCCCCCGUUCAGCACACACACACACACACCCAUGCCAAUAUAUGUGAUUGUAUCUUUAAGAUGAGUAGAAUCCCAACAGCAAGGCUGUCAACUUGCCCAGCUGGAGAAGGUUAAGUUCUGUUUAUGGGUCCUGUAGAUUUAUAGCCA